UUAAAUUGUUUGAUCCUUUUUCUUUGCCUUUUGGGGGUUUAGAAUUUUGUGUUUCUGUGGUUAAUUGAUGGAUAAUAAUGGAUCUCCAAACCAAUAUCCAAACCCAUACUUUUACCCUCCCAACCCUUACCAACCAUACCCACCUCCACCAACUGGAAUUCCAGUUCCUAAUCCAUAUGAACAUGUUCCCUAUCCAUACCCUUAUAAUCCUUCACAUUCCUUCAAUUAUUCCUAUCCCCCACCUCCUAGAUCAUCCUUAUCAUACUCUGGUUCGGGCCAUAUCGACUAUCCUUGCCCCCCUCAUCCUCAAUCACCCUCCUCAUGUGCCCCCUUAGACUUCAACCAGCCACCACCGAAGACAUCUUAUCCGGCUACUGCCCCUAGUGCUCCUACCAAUCCUUACCCUGCUUAUCCCUACCAUGUUCCUCCAGGGAGUCAGAGUCCGUCUCGAGCUUCCCAUUCUCACACCAGUAGCUUGCCAUAUGGAUCAUCUCAGUAUUACUAUCCACAAAAUGAGGCCUAUUUGUCUCCUCAGCAAUCCGAUGCCCACUCGCGAACCAAUAGCUUUGCAGGUCCCUACUAUGUGGAGAACACUAGCUCAACAGGUGGUGGAAGUGGAACCCCACAACCCAGUGAUGAUUCCAAGCCUUCUCCGAGUGCUAUUACUUACCCGCCUUUGGAUGAUCUUAUGAGUAAUGUUCGGUUGUCUGAUAGCACGCCUAGUGAUAUUGUGUCAUCACCUCAACAGCCAGUGAGGCCCCUAAUGCAUUCCAUUUCAACUUCAAAAAUAGAGCAGAAGAAAGAUGACUUUUAUGGACAUGCUAAUAACUCCUUCUCAGGAUGGGGAAAUUCCUACUCUUCUCGGGUGGAUUCGUCUAAACUUUCAUCAUCUAGUUUUGGCUCAUUUAAUGAGUCUGUGCAGAUUGUUCCAGUGCAGAAUAAAGGGUCACUGAGAGUUCUGCUUCUACAUGGAAAUUUGGAUAUAUGGGUGCUUGAGGCCAAAAAUCUUCCUAAUAUGGACAUGUUCCACAAAACAUUAGGUGAUAUGUUCGGUAAAUUACCUGGCACUAUGGGCAAUAAAAUUGAAGGAACUAUGAAUAAGGUGAUUACCAGUGAUCCUUAUGUAACAAUUUCUGUAGCAAACGCUGUAAUUGGGAGGACUUUUGUGAUUAGCAAUAGUGAAAAUCCUGUUUGGAUGCAACAUUUCUAUGUUCCUGUUGCACAUCAUGCUGCUGAAGUGCACUUUGUUGUUAAAGACAGUGAUGUUGUCGGUUCACAGCUCAUCGGCAUCGUGGCAAUUCCAGUGGAACAGAUAUACUCGGGGGAGCUGGUCGAAGGCACCUAUCCCAUCCUAAAUAGUAGUGGGAAGCCUUGUAAGCCAGGUGCUGUUCUGAGAUUAUCCAUUCAGUAUAUCCCAAUGGCACAACUAAGCAUUUAUCAUCAAGGAGUUGGAGCAGGGCCUGAGUACAUUGGAGUUCCUGCGACUUAUUUUCCUUUGAGGAAAGGUGGAACGGUUACUCUAUAUCAAGAUGCUCAUGUUCCAGAUGGCUGCCUCCCUAACGUGUUUCUUGACAAUGGGAAGACUUAUGUGAAUGGAAAGUGUUGGUAUGACAUCUAUGAUGCCAUACGUCAAGCUCGGCGUUUGAUUUAUAUUACAGGAUGGUCAGUGUGGCACAAAGUUACAUUAAUAAGGGAUGGUGCUGUCAAAGCAUCGGAUUAUGCCUUGGGUGAUCUUUUGAGGUCAAAGUCACAGGAAGGAGUAAGAGUGCUUCUCCUUGUAUGGGACGACCCUACAUCAAGAAGCAUUUUGGGUUAUAAAACAGAUGGUGUCAUGGCAACUCAUGAUGAGGAAACAAGACGAUUUUUCAAGAAUUCUUCAGUGCAUGUGCUGCUUUGUCCUCGCAGUGCUGGAAAACGACAUAGCUGGUACAAGCAAAAGGAAGUUGGAACAAUAUAUACACAUCAUCAGAAAACCGUUAUUGUGGAUGCUGAUGCUGGAAAUAACAUGAGAAAAAUAAUAGCAUUUGUUGGUGGACUUGAUUUGUGUGAUGGACGUUAUGAUACUCCCGAUCAUCAUAUACUUAGGACCCUGCAUACACUGCAUAAAGAUGACUAUCACAACCCUACUUUCACGGGUAAUGUAGGUGGUUGUCCCCGGGAGCCAUGGCAUGACUUGCAUUCCAAAAUUGAUGGUCCAGCAGCUUAUGAUGUUUUGAAAAAUUUUGAGGAGCGCUGGUUAAGAGCUUCAAAACCUCAUGGGAUCAAAAAGUUAAAGAAAUAUGAUGAUGCUUUGCUUAAGCUGGAAAGAAUUCCAGAUAUCAUUCGCAUGACUGAUCUUCCUUGUAUUGGUCAUGACGAUCCUGAGUCUUGGCAUGUUCAGAUAUUUCGUUCAAUUGAUUCAAAUUCUGUUAAAGGAUUUCCAAAGGAUCCAAAAGAAGCUUCUAGCAAGAACCUAGUAUGUGGGAAGAAUGUGCUGAUCGACAUGAGCAUACAUACAGCAUAUGUGAAGGCCAUUCGAGCUGCACAGCAUUACAUUUAUAUAGAGAAUCAAUAUUUCAUUGGGUCUUCAUACAAUUGGAGUCAACAUAAAGAUCUUGGUGCUAAUAAUUUGAUACCAUUGGAAAUUGCUCUGAAGAUUGCUGAAAAGAUAAAAGCACAUGAAAGAUUUGCAGUGUAUAUUGUUAUUCCAAUGUGGCCAGAAGGUGUUCCGACCGGGGCUGCUACACAAAGGAUUCUGUAUUGGCAGAAUAAUACAAUGCAAAUGAUGUAUGACACUGUUUACAAGGCUUUGGUUGAUGCUGGGGUUGAAGCAGCAUUCUCUCCACAAGACUAUUUGAAUUUUUUCUGUCUAGGCAAUCGGGAGUCCACAAGUAUGUAUGAUAAUGUCACAGUCUCUGGAGCUCCUCCCCAGGCAAAUAGUGUCCAAGCAAAUAGUCGAAAUAGCCGGCGUUUCAUGAUUUAUGUUCAUUCGAAAGGCAUGAUAGUUGAUGAUGAAUAUGUGAUAUUGGGAUCCGCAAACAUCAAUCAACGCUCUAUGGAAGGAACAAGAGACAGUGAGAUUGCAAUGGGAGCCUAUCAACCACAUUAUACCUGGGCAAGAAAAUCUACUUACCCCCUUGGACAAGUCCAUGGAUAUAGGAUGUCGCUUUGGGCAGAACACACAGGAACAAUUGAAGAUUGUUUCUUGCAGCCAGAGAGCCUCGAGUGCGUGCGAAGGGUUAAAGCGAUGGGUGAAAUGAACUGGAGACAGUAUGCAGCAAAUGAAGUAACAGAGAUGAGAGGACAUCUAAUGAAAUACCCUGUUGAUGUUGAUAGAAAGGGCAAAGUUAGACCCCUUCCUGGCCAUGAAGAGUUCCCUGAUGUUGGAGGGAAAAUAGUUGGGUCAUUCCUUGCCAUGAAGGAGAAUCUAACCAUUUGACUAUAUAUCUACUAACAUUAGGAUAAUGAAUUAAUGAUCAUUGUAAAUUAAAACAGUAAAAACAAUUUUGAAGAGAAUGAUAGGUUGAAGAAAAGAAAAGAAACUCACUGUAUAAUAAACAAUAAUCUGUAUCAAUUGUUGUUUUUAUAACUUAUUAAGGUUU